CAUAUUUAAUUUCCCAGCAUCUGACCUGAAUCUGAUUACUGCCAUGAUGAGACCAGAGGAGCUCCUAAACACCCUGGAAGAUUUAACAGACGAUGAGUUUGAAGGCUUUAAGUGGCGCCUGCAGCAGGGCGAAGUCCUUGCAAGUCGACCAACCAUCAAAAAGAGCCGACUGCAGACGGCAAAAAGACGGGACACCGUGGACCUGAUGGUGCACACCUACACUCUUCCUGGAGCUGUGGAGGUGACCAGGAAGGUUUUAGAAAGAAUCUGCAGGAAUGAUCUGCUGCAGAGUUUGUCUGCCAACUCAGAGCAACAAGCUGCCUUUGUUCCUCUGAGAGAAGAAUAUGAGGGAAAGAAGGCAGAGCUGUGGAAGACAGAGGCUGAAAUUCAGCUGAUGAUCCAGAAGAGACAACUGAAAAUUCAGGAGAUCAAAAAGUCAGUAAAGAUGAGUAAAGAUUCUGCAGACAGAGAGAAAGCAGAAGGUUUUCAGGUGUUCACUGCUCUGCAGGAGUCUGCUGAGAGAGGAAUGAAGAAGCUCAUGAAGGAGAUCGAAGGCAAACAGAAGACAACAGAGAAACAGGCUGAAGGUUUCAUCAAGGAUCUGGAACAAGAAAUCUCUGAGCUGAAGAAGACAAGCUCUCAGUUGGAGCAGCUCUCACACUCUGAAGACCACCUGCACCUCCUCCAACACUUCUCAUCCCUGAAAACUGUUCUACCCGCAAAGGACUGGAGAGAGAUCAGAGUUCAUCCACCUUCAUAUGAGGGAACUGUGGUUAGAGCUGUGGCUCAGCUGGAGGAGAAACUCAGGAAAUGCAUGAAGAAGAAGCUGCUUGAGGCUGAGCUGGAGAGGGUCCAGCAGUAUGCAGUGGAUGUGACUCUUGAUCCCGAUACAGCAAAUUCUAGACUCAUCCUAUCUGAUGAUGGAAAACAGGUGCAUUGUGGUGAUGUGAGGAAGAAUCUUCCAGACAUCCCACAGAGAUUUUCACCAUGUCCUAAUGUUUUAGGAAAGCAGAGUUUAUCUUCAGGCAGAUUUUAUUUCGAGGUUCAGGUUAAAGGAAAGACUGCAUGGGAUUUAGGAGUAGCCAGCGAGUUGGUCAACAGGAAGGGAAAAAUCACACUGACUCCUCAGGAUGGUUUCUGGAGUAUAGGCUUGAGAAAUGGAAAUGAGUACAGAGCUUUUGCUAGCCCUUCAGUCCGUCUCUGUCUUCAGUCUGGUCCUGAGAAGGUGGGGGUGUUUGUGGAUUAUGAGGAGGGUCUGGUCUCUUUUUAUGAUGUGGAUACUGCAGCUCUUAUCUACUCCUUUACUAGCUGCUCCUUCAUUCAGAAACUCCACCCAUACUUCAGUCCCUGUCUAAAUGAUGGUGGUAAAAACUCUGCACCUCUAAUCAACUGUGCUGUCAAUCAAAUCGAGUCAAUCAACAGAUUUUACUUGAUGAACUGA